UAAGUCCCUAUUACACCUUCCAUCAACCAAAUAGAAAAAACAACAUAUUAAACACCAAAAAUCACAACCAUUUCUUAAAACACAACCUCAAUAUUUCUCUCUUGUUCCAUCAUGGAGUUUAGAUCAAAGUCAUGCAGAGAUGAAAAGCUACAGAUUGAAGGCAAGGUGGCGGCACCAAAGAGCAUGCAGGAUCUGAGGUGUUAUAGUGCUAACUAUGUUUAUAAUCCAAACCAGACAUGUAAUAAGGAGGUGAAGAUGAAAAGAGCAAAAAGCACUUCAAAGAGUUGGAGAUUCGAUGAUGCUGAGUUGCAGAGGAAAAAGAGAGUUGCUGGUUAUAAAUUGUAUGGUGCUGAAGGGAAAAUGAAAGGGUCUUUGAGAAAGAGUUUCAAGUGGAUCAAAAACACUUACACUCAAGCUAUCUAUGGAUGGUGGUAAAAUAGUAAUUUUUUGUGUUUUCUGUUAUAUAUAUAUAUAUAUAUAUAUAUAUAUAUAUAUAUGCUUUCCUUUGUAACAUGUAACUUCAUCGUUUAAAGCCUUUAUCAAGUGGUUUCAUUGAUGAUAUCUUUCAUUUGUAACAUGUAACUUCAUUUGUAACAUGUAACCACCAAACUAGCAAUUUUAUUUGA